CUCCGCAACAGAACUUCUCGUGAUGGACGAAAUCAAACGCGGCGUUGCCAGUUUUUCACAAAACGUUACCCCAAGAAGAGGAGUGUAUGACAUGAAUUUUAAAGAAAUCGUAAAAGUGAAUGUUGCUGUACUGGAAACCUGUGCUGUUAUGGUACCGGAUUUGAAAGGACCCAAUGACACUUUUUGGUUUUUGAUCAGACUUUUUAUUUACCUAGUCGGCAUCUAUGGGACUCAAGUAGUAAGCGAAGUUUUGCAUUUCAUUUUACUUAAUACAAGUAUUCAAGAAUUAGCUGCAGCUUCAUUUCUUUUUUUGACUCAUGCUGUACAAAUUACAAAGGUAUUUUACCUGUUCAAAUACAGAUUAAGAGUUAGAAAACUGAUUAACUGUUUAAACCAACCGAUCUUUCAACCACAAUCGGAUAAACAACGAACAACUUUGACAAAUUAUAUCAAAUUAUCAAAAUUUGCUAGUUUCAGUUUUUUGACUGCAGGAGUAUUAACCUGUAUUUUUUGGGCAACUUAUCCGUUUACUGAAGAUGAACUAAAGCUCCCUUUAGCAGGAUGGUUUCCUUUCGAUACUACCGUUAGUCCUAAUUUUGAAUUAGCCUACACUUAUCAGUGCAUGGCCACUACUUUGAAUGGAAUAACCAUUAUAAGUAUUGACACGUUAUGGGCAGGUAAGUUAUAA